AAUGUUUCUUUCUGUCGAAAGCCCCAGAAAGUGUACAACUUUGCGAUUUCAUCGACCUUAUUCAAAAUCACAUGCUGAAAAGAGCUGUUUUCACUUUCAUGAUCAGCUGACAAUGAAAGCUGUUAUUUUAGCUGCAGGAUAUGGAACUAGACUGCAAAGGGAUAUCGAGAAUGACACGACUGGGAAUUUCAAGCAUCUGGGCGGCAUUGCCAAGCCGCUGCUUCCUGUCGGUCGAUGUGCCCUUAUCUCACACUGGGUUCAGGCACUGACCAAGACAGGAAGUGUGGACACAGUUUAUGUGGUUACAAAUGAUCUUUACUUUGAAGCAUUCCAGCAGUGGGCUCAAGAAUUCCCCAAUGUUAAAAUCAUAAACGAUGGUACUAGAAGAAACGAGGACAGACUUGGUGCUGUUGCCUGUCUUCAGUUGACAGUAAAGUUGUGUGCUGUGGAUGACCACUUACUAGUAAUCGGAGGCGAUACUUUAUUCAAAGAGGAUUUCAGCCUGAGAAAAUUCACAGAGAGGUUCUUUGAAGUGCAAAAUAAAGACAAAGAGAGCAAUUUAGUGCUGUCAUACCAAUGCAAAGAUGAGGAAACAUCCAAAUAUGGGAUUCUGGAGUUGGAUGAGGACCUUAAAGUACAGCGUAUGAAAGAAAAACCUCUCUUAAGUGAAACAAGUUCACGUAAUGCAUGUCCUUGUUUUUACUUGUUUUCAAGAACCGCUCUUCCUCUUUUGGACAUGUUUCUUAAUGAGAAGAAGAAUGCACCCAUUGAAGAGCGGGACGCACCAGGGACCUUUCUGUCAUGGCUCAUAUUAAGGAGGCCUGUGUACGUGCACAGGAUAUCUGGUCGAUUUGAUGUGGGGAAUCUUGCAUCAUACAUAGAAUGUGACAAAUACUUCAAGGACCAACUUCACAAUCCAACUGUUUAUUUAAUGUAGUUCAAAAAUGUAAUGACAAUCAAACAUGAAAACUACAUUCAGAAUAAACCUGUAUCAGUACCA